AUGGAUCGAAUAUCAGUCCCAUCCAAUUGCUCGCUCGAUGCAGAUAAUGUCUUUGGGCCCGUAGUAGCCCUGGGUUGUCGCAAUGGCUUCGACUUCACGCUUCUCUUCGAACAGAGCAUUCUCGGGAUUGUUCCUGCGGCGGUGUUCUUGCUUGCCUCUCCGCUACGAGUGGGCUACCUCAUCAAGAAAGAUGCACGAACACAGCGCAACUCUCUACGGUUUGUCAAACUAGCCGCAACCCUGACUUUUGCUCUAAUCCAACUCACGCUCCUUGUGUGCUGGACUCGUCAUGAUUUACCCCGGACCAAAGCUUCGGUGCCGUCAGCCUCGAUCAAUCUGAUAGUCGCAAUAGAGCUUCUUGUGCUAUGCUGGUUAGAAGAUGGCCGAUCGGCCAGACCUUCUUCACUUCUCACUGCAUACCUCCUCCUUACCUUGCUGUUCGACAUAGUCCAGGCCCGCACGCUAUGGCUGCGUCUCCCAAAGACCAUGCUCCUUCCUGUGCUCUUCACGAUAAGCGUGGGGUCUAAAAUGAUAAUGCUCCUGCUUGAGAGUCUUGAGAAACGACAGUACCUGACAGACGACUAUCGAGGUUUACCCCCUGAAUCUACCAGUGGGAUUAUCAACCGGUCGUUCAUGUGGUGGCUGAAUCACAUGUUUAUUGUCGGCUCACGACGUCUCUUAACAAUCGAUGAUAUGUAUAAUCUCGAUCAGGCGCUGAACUCGGCGACUGUCAGCGAACGGGCGCAGCGUGUUUGGGCCCAGCGCAGGAUUCCAGCACGGCGUUUUGAAUUUCCGUGGAAAUUAUGUCGGGCGCUGUGCAAGCCAUUGCUAAUGGCAGUGUUUCCACGGAUGUGUUUGAUCGGCUUCACCUUUGCGCAGCCUUUUCUGAUCGCCGGGCUUCUUGACUGGCUUAGUAGCGGACAAAGCACCGAACGAGGUCACGGUCUCAUUGCCGCCACAGUCCUGGUGUAUCUAGGCCUAGCGAUCUCCACCCUUCACUCCAAUCACCUGCUAUAUCGGUUCAUUACUAUGUUCCGAGGAGCAGCCUCCUCGCUGGUGUACGAGCAUAUGCUGUGUAUUCCAGAUGGACAGCUAGAAGACCGGUCAGCCGCGAUCACUCGAAUGACCACCGACAUCGAUCGGAUAUCUGCUUGCCUAGUCCAGCUACACGAGUGCUGGGCACGUAUCAUCGAGGUAGCCAUCGGGAUUACCCUACUCACAAUUCGCCUAGGGUGGGUGAGUGCGAUUCCUGUUAUAAUCGUCAUUGUCUCUAGCCUUGCCUGCACCUACAUCUCGAAAAAUAUUGGGAACCGCCAAAAGAUCUGGGUGGAUGCGGUGCAACAGCGCCUUGCAAUCAUUACUUCGAUGCUUACAGACAUUCAAGUCGUGAAGCAAAUGGGGUUAAGCCGGGCUUUUACGCAGAUCAUCCAGAAGAAACGGGUCGACGAGACGCAGCAGAUGUCUUCCUUUCGAUGGCAUAUUGUGUGGCAAAACAUGAUCCAAAAUUUACCCUGGGCAUUAGCUCCUGCGCUGACAUUUGCCGUCUUUGGUGUGCAAGGCCACUCGCUCGAUUCCACCAAAACAUUUACCAGUCUGUCUAUAAUCACCCUUCUGACUAACCCAGCCGCAAAGCUUCUGAGUGCCAUUCCCUCAACGACAUCUUCCUUGGGUUGUUUCGAUAGGAUUCAAAGCUUUCUUCUGAUUCCUGCCGAAAAUAGCCUAUCGCAAGACAACCAGGAUAAUAUGACGGCCAACCAUGCCUGUAGCAAACCGAUGCCGGGGGUUGCAGAACAGACCUCAUCGCUCAUGGUCAAUCCUAGCAGCAAGGACUCUCUAGUUGUGGCUUUUGAAAGCGCUAGCAUCCGCCCGACCACUGAGGGCAAGGUUUUGUUGAAUCAAAUCAACCUUGGGGUACCCAGGGGUGCGAUCGUUUCUAUCCGCGGACCGGUGGGAUCAGGGAAAUCUACUUUUCUCCGAGCUAUUCUCAGCCAGGUUGUUUGCGAGACGGGGUCGGUGAAUUUGUCUACUCGUCGCAUAGCUUAUUGCGCACAGAGAACGUGGUUGCCAAACACCACCAUACGAAACGCAAUAUGUGGGAACGUCACAACAGAGAAAGAAAGCCCGCAGAGUAUCGAUCACGAAUGGUACAGUACCGUGCUGCAUGUUUGUGCUCUCGACGAGGACCUGCGCCUUAUCCCGGGAGGAGAUGACAUGCAGAUCGGCAGUGGCUUGGGUGCUAGAUUGAGUGGCGGACAAAUGGAUCGAAUCGCUCUGGCUCGAGCAGUAUAUGCUAGAAAGGAUCUUGUUCUCUUAGACGAUGUUCUCAGUGCAUUGGACACAAAUACCAAGAGUCUGGUACUCGAACGAUUGUUUGGGGAAAGGGGUGUGUUUCGGAAGCUCAAUUCGACAGUGAUUCUCGUUACGCAUGACACUGCAUCUCUUGCUUAUGCCGACAGGACCCUGAUCAUUUCUAACGGCACACUCGAACAAGACGACUGUGAUAAUAUAAUCUCUCCUGAACCGUCUAAUCAUGAUACGAUAGACACACUAAGGGGUAGCAGAGAAAACACUACGCUUAUGCGUAGGGAGGAUGCAGCGCAAAUUGCCAAGGAUAACCAGCUCAGCGAUCUGAAGCGGUCAACAGGUGACUCUCAAGUGUAUAAAUAUUAUCUGAGUUCAAUCGGCUGGUCAAGUUCUCUGCUAUUUCUUCUUUUCGUGAUUCUCAAUGUUUUCUGCAGUACCUUCAGCCAAAUAUGGCUGGAGAGAUGGACUAGCCGAGGAGGAGAGCAGAGAGUACUCUAUGUGACAGUUUACAUUGUGUUGGCGAUACUGGAAGUCAUAUGUAUGGGUGGUUAUGUCUGGGCAAUCUUGAUACUCAUAUCCCCGUCCACCGCACGCAAGCUUCACUAUGUUGUUCUGAAGACUGUCAUGGGAGCAUCUCCAACCACGCUUGCAACCAUGGAUAGUGGCGCACUUCUAAAUCGAUUCAGCCAGGACAUGACUUUGAUCGAGAGCCAACUACCAGUUGGCCUUCUGAUCACGAUUUCAAACCUUUUAACCGCAAUCGCUGCUGCUGCACUCAUUGCGACUGGCUCGACCUGGAUGGCUAUCACUGUUCCGUUUCUCAUUGUGGCAGUGUUUUUUGUGCAGCGUUACUACCUGAAGACAUCGCGACAGCUUCGACUUCUUGAUCUAGAAAGCAGGAGCCCUUUGUAUUCGCAUUAUAUGGAUACUAUGAAUGGGCUCAGUACAAUCCAGGCCUUCGGCUGGCAGAAGAGAUUCUCUGAGAAGAGCUUUAAGCUUUUAGAUGUUUCUCAGCGGCCGUAUUAUCUGCUAUACUGCAUUCAAAGGUGGCUCACUCUGGUUCUCGACCUGAUUGUUGCUGCCGAGGCGGUUCUCCUUGUGAGCCUGGCCGUCAACCUGAGGGCAGCGACUAGCAUUGGACUUUUGGGCGUCUCGCUCAACAACAUUCUUUCUUUCAACCAGAGCCUCUCGUCUCUGAUCACGGGCUGGACGCAGCUCGAGAUCUCCCUUGGUUCUAUUGCCCGCAUCAAAGACUUUGAACGGGGAACCCAGCGUGAAGACACUCCAAAAACCGACAACGUUCCUGCUUCCUGGCCCGCCCGCGGCGCAAUCGAGUUCAAAGCGGUAACAGCGCAGUACAACCCCAAAACUCCCAUCCUAAAAGACUUAUCUUUCAAAGUGCGACCCGGACAAAAGAUCGGCAUUUGUGGUCGCACAGGUAGCGGCAAAUCCACUCUCCUCAGCACAAUCCUCGGCAUGCUCGAACUAACUAGCGGCUCGAUCCUCAUCGACGACCUCGACUUGUCCACGAUCUCGCGCGAGACCGUCCGCGAACGCCUCGUCACAAUCGCCCAGAACCCUCUCAUCUUAGCCGGGUGCACCGUCCGGCUCAACGCCGACCCCACCCCCGGCGGCAGCAGCAGCGGCAACUUUCCCGACGCAGAGAUCAUCGCCGCCCUGGACCGCGUGGGCCUGUGGCACGGCGUGCUAGCUGAACGGAGCGGGGGCUUGGACGCCGAGCUCGGCGCCGAUACGCUCUCACGCGGCCAGACGCAGCUCCUCGGGCUCGCCCGGGCGAUGCUCAAGCUGCAGCGCAGUGGGGCCAGAGUUCUGUUGUUGGAUGAAGCGACUAGCCAUGUGGAUCGGGAGACGGAGGCGCGGGUGCAGGCGCUGUUACGGGAGGAGCCGUUCCGAUCGUGCUCGGUGCUGGCGGUGGCGCACCGGGUGGAGAGUAUUGCGGACUAUGACGGGGUUGUUGUGCUGGAGCGAGGGAGGGUGGUUGAUAUUGGGGAUGCGAGGGUGUUGACGAUGAGGGGAGGUGUUGUUUAG